GAGGCGGCGACGGAUCAGCUCGAAGCGAAACCUAUUUAUAAAAACCCCGACUCUUUCGCUUCGCUUGGCAUCGAAAUCGAAACCCCUCGCACUUCUACAUCGAGAGAUUCUCUUACUUCUUGUUGCAGAAACUCGAAGGUCACUUUCAAUGGCGACGAUCGACGAGAGCCCAUCUGCUAAGAGGUGGCUUCCUCUUGAAGCUAACCCCGAUGUCAUGAACCAGUUCUUGUGGGGCCUUGGUCUUCCAGAGGAUGAGGUUGAGUGCUUUGAUGUCUUCGGGUUAGAUGACGAACUCUUGGAGAUGGUCCCGAAGCCUGUACUCGCUGUUUUGUUCCUCUAUCCCAUCACUGGGCAGUCUGAAGAAGAGAGAAUACAGCAAGAAAGUUUGAAGAAGGAGUCUGGCAGUAAAGUUUAUUUCAUGAAACAAACUGUGGGCAAUGCUUGUGGAACAAUUGGACUUCUGCAUGCUGUUGGGAAUCUCGCUUCAGAGAUUAAGCUUUUGGAGGGAUCCUAUUUUGAUAAGUUCUUCAAGUCCACCGCAAAUAUGGAUCCUUAUCAGCGGGCUGCGUUUCUGGAGAAUGAUAAAGAUAUGGAAGUUGCUCACUCAGUAGCUGCUAUAGCAGGUGAUACACAGGCGUCAGACAAUGUUGAUACACAUUUUAUCUGCUUUACAUGUGUGGCUGGUGAACUGUAUGAGCUGGAUGGAAGAAAGUCCAGUCCUAUAUCACAUGGUCCAUCCUCACCAAGCAGCUUAUUGCAGGAUGCAGCUAAAGUUAUCCAAGAAAUGAUCCAGAAAAAUCCAGAUUCACUCAACUUCAACGUCAUAGCCCUUUCCAAGAAGGUUUGAGGCAUAUAAUGUCUAUAAUGGAGCUCUUUAAAGUUACCCUCACCAGUGACAUACCGGUGGUCACUUUCCCAGAAGGAUGUCAGUCCUUUAGUAUCAUGUUAAGCAUCCAUAAGAAUAACUUGCUACGCACUAGCUGGACUGUAAUUUGUCACGUGUGGGCUCAGUGAGUUAUCCAUCCUGAACAACCAUCGGCUGAGGAACGAAUCUUUGGGUUUAGAUGGUACUGCUGUGUCCAAAAGUGGUGAAAUGGAUGUUAUGCGGCUGAAACUUGUAUGUUUAUUGCUUUGCACAGGAGUCAGCUUCCUUUUGAUGCUUCAUCAUGGCUUGAUGAGUUCAUUACAUUUUAUGUGGAAGGUAUGCGUCAUGAACUUUUCUCAUUCGAACAACAUCGUUACUUUACAUGAUGUACAAAAUGAUUUGCUUA